AUUGAGACGUUCCUGCACGUCGAAGACAUAGUUCCCCUGUAUAAAACUGGUUUUCAUCGUGUGGCCUUUGUACAAUUAGUCUGCUGUCAGAGUGAGCGUCGUCACGCCAUUACAGUCACUCGCCGCUGCGUGGAUACGAUGGACUACAUACCGAUCGCUUUGUCGCUGGUGGCAGUGCUCGUUGCCCUCUAUUACUUUACCACGAGGAAUCACAAUUUGUUCAAGAAGCAUGGAAUCGUGCACGUUCCGCCGUCACCGCUGUUUGGAAACAUGGGAUCGUUCGCAAGACGGCAGAUCACCAUGUCGGAUUUGAUUAUCAAGACUUAUCAAUUGGAUCCCAAAGCGAAAUACGUCGGUUUCUACGAAUUUCUCACGCCGAUAAUAGUGCUGCGCGAUCUGGAUCUGAUCAAGGCUGUCACCAUGAAAAACGUCGAACAUUUUCCAGACCAUCGUUCGCUGGUGAACAGAAAAGUAGACCCCAUGAUAGGAGGAAUGUUAUUCAUGCUGAAUGGUGACCACUGGAAGGAUCACAGGAACAUGUUGUCGCCGACAUUCAGCUCCAGCAAGAUAAAAACCAUGUUCAGACUGAUGUCGGAAUGCGCGAGCAGAUUCGCCGAGCAUUUGUCGAAUCUGCCCGAGGAGAAGCGCGAAACGGAGAUGAAGAGUCUGUUGACGAAAUACACGAACGACAUGAUCGCCAGCUGCGUCUACAGUGUGUCCAUCGACUCUAUCAAGGAACCGAACAACGUGUUCUACGAGUACGGUAAAUUAAGCACGUCGACAACGUCGUUCAAGUGGUCCCUGAAGUUGCUGGUACACAGAAACGUUCCUUGGUUAGCGGAGCUGCUGCAACUCAACUUCGUGGAUAGUCGCAUUGCCAAAUUUUUUUACAACCAAGUGGCAGAGACGGUGGAGACCAGGCAACGGACCGGCGCUCGCAGGUCCGACAUCCUGCAGCUGUUCAUGGAUAAUAACAAGAAAAGAGAGCCGGGGAAAGAGAUGACCGUGCAAGAGAUGGCGAAUCACGCGUUCAGCUUCUUUUUCGGCGGUUUCGACAGCGUCGCGUCGCAGACCUGCAUAGUGGCGCACCUGUUGGCCGAGAAUCCGGACGUUCAGGAAAGAGUGCAGCAGGAGAUCGACGAGACAUUAGAAAAUAACAACGGAGAGCUGACCUACGACGCGAUACACGAGAUGAAGUACCUGGUCGCGGUGAUCAAUGAAACCUUACGACUUUAUCCGAUCGGCUCGUUCAUUGACAGAAUGUGCGUCAAAGACUUCGAACUGCCACCGGCGCGUCCCGGCGACAAACCGUUUAUCGUCAAGGCCGGGAUGAACGUCUGGAUUCCCGUGAGUGCGAUCCACCAGGACCCGAAGUACUACAAGAAUCCCUUGAAAUUCGACCCGGAUAGAUUCUACGAAAAUAAGACGAUCACCAAUUCUGGCACGUUUCUGCCGUUCGGUCUUGGGCCGAGGAUGUGCAUCGGCAACCGUUUCGCGUUGACGGAGAUGAAAGUGCUGCUCUGUCACGUUCUCGCCAAGUGCAAUAUCAAGCUCGCGUCGAGAACGAUCACCCCGUUACAGUUGAAGAAGGGUGUGUUUAACGCCACUGGGAGAAACGGAUUCUGGCUGGCUGUCGAACCGAGGAAAAGUUCUUAUUGUUUCUCCACCGUUUCCGCCAGCGCUGUUUCCUGCAAUUGAACGUGAAACGAAAAUGUUACCUAUAUUAUGCAUGUAGAUGUUUGAUCGGAUGUACGACUUCAACAUGGGAAAAUAAAGAUUUUUUGGCAGAAAUUUUCUUUCGGAUCGUUAAACCACUGACGUCGUAACGUGCUUCAUAAAAAUCCGUUCAUCUGCGUGGAGCAGUUCCGCAAUCUUGCAAUUCAUUGAAAAUCGGAAGUUAUCGAUACGGUUUUAAUGUAAUGGAACGACCGUUUGACUCGCAUUCUAUUUGUAAAAUUCGACUCUCAACUUUUUAUUGGUAGAAAAAAUAAUGAAAAGUCUGUUUUCUAUGAGAGAUAAAGCCUCUGUGAUUUUUGGCUCAUAAAUUAAAGUAUUUACUUCGUAUAUCUGUGUACAAAGUGGGUUAAUUUGCGUGUUAUAACGAUGACAACUUUUCUGCUACAGUUUUAUCGCAAUAUACAGCAUGUAUUGUGGCCGCUUUGGCUAAUUUUAUUCCGCCGCGUAUGAUUUAAAUUAAAAUUCGACAGGGUUUAGCAUAUCAAGAUGAUACUCGAUGUUUUCUUACGCGAUGUUUUUCUCAGAUGUUCUUGGUCGUCCACUCCUCCCUUUAUCGAGCACUGUUCCUGUCUCCAUAAAUUUCUUGUGCCAUGCACGAAUUGAUGGACGUGACGGUGGAUUUCUUCCUUACUUGGUUCUGAAGUUUCGCUGAGUCUGCAGAUUUGUGUUGGUUUCAAUAAACCAUGAUACACACUGUGACUUCUCUUGAGGUGUAGCCAUUUUAGAGACUUUAUGGACAGCCACAUGAUGUUUCGAACAAAGAUACGGGACAUCACUAAUCUAAAGCAGAGGAUUACUGAUGCCAUUGCCACCAUUAAGGAGGGUAUGCUACAGCGAACAUAGUAAGAAAUUGAGCACAAUCUUGAUGUGCUUUGUGUAAUUAAUAGUGCCCAUAUAGAGGUGUAUUAAAUGAAGCAAAAGAAACUUAAAUAUAGACUUCAUGGACAUCCCGUAUAGUAUCUAUCUGGCUGCUGGACAUUAACGUAUACUUUGCUACGAAUGUAUAAUUCAUCGUAGGCAAAAUUCACCGUAGUGACGUCAACAGAAAUCUUUACGAAUUUUUCGAAAACUGGUAGAAAGAAAAGGCUGUUCAAAAUGUUGAUUUCUACAAUAUGAUCUUUGGAAAUCAUUGACAUGGAAGCUUUUCUACAGAUUCGUCCACUUAUUCGCUGGAAGGACGUAUGCGUACAAAUUAGUGCCCGAAUAAUACAACAAAUCAGAAAAAUCACGAGAAAAGAUAUUACGGAUAAAUAAAAAGCCGGUCAAGAAAAGAGUAUUCUUGUCGUUAAUAUUCAAGAGAAACAAUCGUACAUUCGUACCAUGCAUAUAUUAUACAUAUCUCUUCUCUGUAUCAGCAAAGAUAUCUCAAUGUUAAAAAGCAGUUGGAUGUUAUCGUUGUUUGCUUCAAAAUUUGUGAAUUCGUGCAAACUUCGUGCAACUAAUGGUGUUCAUAUAGAAGUGUAUUGAAUGAGGAAAAAUAAAACUUAAAUAUAUA